UUGACGUGCCGUUGGCGCUGAUGGCGGCGGGUCGCACCGCGGAGGGAGAGCAGGGAGGCGGGGACGCAGACCGACGGCCACAGAGCACCGGUGCCACCGACACACCGGCGACACCAGUCCGCCCGGGCGAAGGACCGAGGUGAGGCGGAAGAGGAUUGGUGGUCCGCCGCCCUCCUGACCCGCUCCAGCGAUCACUUCAUCACUGCAGCACUCAGAGGGAGGAAUCGCAGCACGGCAGGAGACACGCCUGAGCCAACCACUGCGUUUUCACCAGCAAUAAAAAUGUAGAUCGUCAUCACCCUGAAGAUACCUGGCCAUCGAUUCUCACUCAUCUACUGGUCUUGUUCGGAGGAUUCUGCUGGAAAACCAGAAACCUUGGGAAACAUGUAGCUGGACCCCAAAGAAGUUGCAGCUAACAUUAAGUUAGCAGUUGUGGCUAACAGGUAGCAGUGGCGCGUGGGUGAAUCUUCAAAAUAGCAGGGGUGCAAUGGAGUACCACUCUGGUGGUAGCCUGCCCCUGCUGGGGAGACCACGGUACUGCCCUGGGGCCAACGCUAACGGAGGAUAUCUGUGCGAGACUGGACACUGCUGCGGGGAGAGCGGCUGCUGCACCUACUACUACGAGCUCUGGUGGUUCUGGCUGCUGUGGACCGUCCUCAUCCUGUUCAGCUGCUGCUGUGCUUAUCGACACCGCAGAGCUAAACAGAGAGUUCAGCAGCAGCAGAGGCAGCGAGAGAUCAGCCUGCUGGCCUACCACGGCGCCAACUCCUUCCCUUCCUCCAUGCUGGACCUGAGUUUCCUUGCGUCUCUGAAACUGCCAUCUUAUGAGGAGGUGGCGGCUCAACCCUCCACGCCUCCUCCACCGUACAGCUCUGUGUUCACCACGCCAAGGUACCCUCAGCCCCCCCGGACCGCCGACCCCCACCUCCUCACACAGCAUGACCCCCUGCUGCACCAUCCGAUGAGCGACGGGCCUUCUUCUCUCAGCUCCGACAACAGCUCCAGCUGUUCCUGUGACUCCUGCUGCCCGUCUUCGCCGUGCAGCUCGUCCCUGUCCGUCCCUCUGACCUACGAGACGGACACCAGCCACGCCUCAACACCCAACGACGUGGCCCCCCUCACCCUUGACUCCAUGGAGACUAUUGCGGCUGUAGCUACUCGUUUGGAGGUAAAUGAGACCCGAUUUGCUCCGGACAGAACGAUGGCUGCAGACGCCCCCUGCAUGGCGGCGGCAGCACAAGAACCCGAGACCACAGAUGCUUUGAAUUCUCACCAGACUGUUACUGUGGCAGUUGUUACCAGGGCAGCCUCCCCACAAUCGCUGCCUUGUCCUGGUUCGGAUGUGGUUCAUCAUGAACCUACAUCUCCAAUGAAGCAACAACUUAACCUGGCACUGGCUGCCGGCACAUGUAGCCCUGGAACGCACCCUGAAACGACCCCCUCUUCCACCGUGAUAACAGGUUCUAAUGAUUUCACGUGCUCACCUACCACGACCGUCCAACCCAUCGCUUCUCCUCAAACCUUCAGUGCUGACAGUUCUACAUCCAUCCCAAAACCAGAAGGCCUCAACCUCAUAAGAACGUUUGGCAUAGGUGACUUAAUAAGUAGCACUUCCUCCUCAGAUGAUGGAAGAACUUUGGCAGUUAAAGAUUCGAGUCGACAUCCUUCUCCUUCAGACCAAUCUCAAGGUCCAAGCACAGUGCCUACAACGCAUACCCACACCCCUGACUCAGUAUCUCCAUCUUCUUUCCUCGUCCGAGAUUCUGAACCUCAACCAACCACCAGUACACAGACACCUGACCCAGUUCCCCCGGACCUCACGACAGUGCCAGAUCAUGAAAACACCUCUGCGCUUAACUUUAUCCAAUUUCCAGAACUUGACUCCACUCCAGCCCCGGUACCAGGUGGAUCAGGGUUAGCUCCUCGGUCGCCCAGUCCCAGUUCUGGUUUGCCUAAACAACAAUGUGAUGCAAUAGAUCUGUGCCCAACCAGCGACGCUGUUGGAUCUGGGGCGUCUUGGCACCUGUCUCCAUCUCUUGAGCUGGACCUUACGAGUCCGUUGCAGACAGGUGCUCAGAUAGGAACUGGUGCUAGCUCCACUACUACUAAUCUCCAGACCUGCACCCCUGCCACGUGUCCAGCCAUCACAAUAGAGUGUGAGUCAGCUUUCACCCAUUCCACUCCUGGAAUCCUGUCCCCGACCUCUGGAUCUCCUUGCCCCGCCUCCUCGUCCUCCCUCCAAGCGCCCGCUUUACUCCUAGACCCCCUCACCAUGCUGCACCAGUCUGACAAAGGUGGACUGUCCUCUCCUCACACCUCCUCUUUGUCGCCUUCACCCCGUGCCACUCAGUCCCCGCCAAAGCAGACUCUCUUCUCCCCUUGCGUGGACGUCUUUGAACCUGAACCUGCCAGCUGGGAGGAGGGAGAAGGGGACCAAGCGGACGAGGAUGACGAGGAGGACAUGGGAGCGGACGAGAGCCAGUAUAGACAUCGGCGGUUGACGGGUGACUCUGGGAUCGAAGUGUGCCGGUGUCGGGUGGAGGAGGACGAAGAUGAAGAAGAAGAAGAAGAUGAUGCGGAAACAACGCAGAAAGUUAAAAGAGCAGGGGUGGAAAACAACAAAGGAAGUUUUGAGAUCCAUGACAGUGUGGACUGUCCCGCCAGGGCUCCCAAAACAACUGGGCUAGCGGUCACACUGUGUAACUCAGCCUCCACCACGAAAACAUCUGAUGAUGCCGGCGAAGUGGUCAUCGUCAUGGAUACAAUAUAAAUAAAGAUAGUGGAGUGACUCGACCAUUGGUUAAGAACAGCAGGGGGAAGUUGCUGGUUUAGGUUUUGGCGGAUCUGAGAUUGUUCAGGUUGAUUUUUGGAAAAUCAAAUCACAGUUCUAGUCUGGGUUUCUCAGGGCCCCACUAGGCUUGGAUUUUGAAUCCCAGACUCUUUCCAACGUAGGGGGAGUUUCCCCACUGUGUUUGUCGACAUGCAGGGAAGUGUGACUCGCCAUGAAGGACCCCGCCUUUUAAGGUAGACCGUUGUUGUGCAAUGUGCUCUGCUGUUCCCGAAUCACCCCCCACCCCCUCCCCAACACCACCUCACAAGCCCUGGGGAGAACCCUACAACUUCAGAGCAGCCUCAGGUUGUUUGAACAGAAACAUCACCUUUAAACCUUUAAAGUUACACCAUUUCUGCAAAGUGGGGAGAUCAAAGGUCCCAUCUUAUUUCAAUAAUUUUCCUUUCCAAUAUUGAUUUUGUUAUAUUUGGUUAUGGAUGAAGUCAAAAUUCUUGAGGUCAUCCUCACACUUCUUAUAACUAAGGAGCUCUGCCCAGAGGUUUCCAUUUGGACAAGUGGCCUCAUCACAGAUUUGGGGGUGGAGUCUGCGGGAACGAUUCUAACUAGUGAAGAAGGCCGACAGGCGGCAGCUAAUCUCUUAAAAUCAUUUGUUCUAUUUCCUUCCCCAACAUUUCAACAGCAUCUGGUGCAUUCAAGUUUCUGUGAGGAAGAUCUAGUCAGUGCUUCUGCGACGACUGUUUAUCUUUGCUAAAACACCAGCUACAAACAAAACAAAUGACAUAAAAAACAUCCAAAAUCAUUCUCCAUGUCAGUGGACUAAAAGCAGGUUUUGCCAGGUACGCCUCAGGAUGAUACCCAAGUCUGAGUCAGAAGGUUGCCCAUGUAUCUUACGGGAUACAUCACACAUAUUUUCAGUAAUCUGUAUUCACCAGAGUCUAUUUUGCUUGUGCCGGGAAGCUUCUACCUUGAACUUUCAGAUGAGCACCAGCCACUUAUCUUGACUGAUAGCAGCGGUCCAAGGCAAAUAUUAAGAGAGAGGCUGAGUCAUUUUCUUUGUCAGAAGUUCCAUCGACGAGAGAAGAAGUAGGUGGUUCUAGUUUCCUGCACAGACACUUCAAGUGUCAACAGAUCUCUUGGUUGUGUCGACCGCAGACGACAUAAUUCCUUUAAAACAAUGGCGACUUUGAGAGAGAAACAAAGCAACAAAGGGAGCAGGAACCCGUCAUCGUUGUCGUCAUUGUUUGUCAGCCUCCUACUCAUUUUGAGUGCAUCAAUGCGCCAGAGAUUUUUUUGUUGUUGUUGUUGUUGGGAAUAUCGGUUUGAAUAAACGCAGACGGGAGUCUGCAGUCAAGGCUGGUGGUGAUGUCACGCUUUUGUGGUGACAGACUGGAAGAGGUGUGCGGGAAGGUCUUCAACUGAAGCCCUAGUUUGAGGAGAAGGUUAUGACUUCCGAUUCCACAGUAUUUUGGUGUGGUUUUCCCUCUUACUAAAUCAGCAUGCUUCGCCCCCCACAUUGAAUCGAGUGAGACCCCAAAGACGGCCGCUAACUGGGUGGCGAGAACAGCCAACAAGCUUGGAGUAUUCUGGAAGCGGGUCACUGUCGCGGCACAAACCAAGUUCAGAGAAUUCCAUUCUCUCCAGGAAGAACAAUCAAAGUCCCGCUCAGUAUACCACCUGGUCUGGUUCCACUGACCCCAUGAUCAUGAAACACCAAACUUGACCUGCUGACUUGGUUGAGGUGGCACACUUUCUGCACUUUUCAUCUCAUGCUGGCAAAACCGGUUAAAUUAAAUCAUAUUAAACUUCAGUAUGAAAUGAUAAACCAUAUCUAUGGAAGGAGGAAUGUGAAUUCCUCGGGAUGGAGUAACGUGCUUUUUACCUUACCAGUCCAAGUCAAGGGAUUUCUUAUUGCAUUAGUUUGUUGUUUUAGGGUUCUACAGCGUCUAGAUAGAGCCGUUACAGUGGAGUUUCUUCUGAGUGGCAGCAGCAGCGGCGACCAGGUGGAGGCUCUUUGACAGUUGCCACCUUUUUCUUUUUCCAUGCUGCCGCUCUCAUUUUUGAUGGACAACGUUGGGGAAAAUGGACGCCGCACUUCUGACCGGAUGGUGAUUGAAUGGUCGAGAGACUAAUGCGUUUCAGGAUCACUGGCUCAGAAUUAACAUGCACAAGGUUGGAUUAAUACGCAAAUGGAUUGUCGGUCCCCUUCUGAGCCACCCAGGACUCAACACAUUUGCUGAUGACGCCUUUGAUUCUGUCUCUGGCUGAGGUCAACAACAUGACCCCCCCUUCACCACCACCACCACUACCCCCCCUCCUCCUCCUCCUCCUCUCACGGAUCCAAUAAGGUCUGAGAGUCGAACUAUUCAAGAGACUUAACCGCCAGGGUUACACAGAGCCGUCAAUGUUGUGGUUGAUGUUGUGGUUGGUGGUGUUCUUUGUUUACCUGAAUUAAUAACGUAAUAUAUCUACAUGGUUACAGAGUGCCAUUUCUACUUGACAACUGUUACUACUUAGCAUUAGACCGAGCAGUUGCUGCUCUGUGUGGGUGUUUAGACCAGCGUGGAUGAAGAAUGUGUCCUGUUCCCGAACGGUUCUUCAGCUCUAACGUCAUCUUUCUCUUUCGUCGACGGCCGGAUUGAACCGGUCAAUACUUCAUCAUUCUCAAUCUGACAAAACACAUCGAUUGCUUGAAACUCCAGCAGGUAAAUGAAGCUCACUGGACACUUUCCUCUAAUACUUCAAGCCUCUCUUAUUCAUUAUCGUAUCUGCAAACAAGGAUGAAGUUAUUGCUGCCGGGAAAGAUGGCUCUUCCUGUUUCGCUCACUUUUCUUCACCUCACCUGGUCAUUUUUUUCAAAUGUUUGUUGUCAUAUGUUAAAAUCUGCCCCCGCUGUAAUCGCCCAUCGAUAUUUAGAAUCCACUUAUUUUGACCUAUUUUCGGACGUGAAUGUAUAUUGAACUAAUAAAUCAAUGAAACAGAUUUUUCUCAGGUGUUCAAUAAGGGCAUCUCAAGGUUCAGAGGCGCCCAAACUUAUGCCCUUUCUCUUCGGCAAUAGAGGCGGGGCCUGUCACGAUAUCAGGAAAUUCACUUUAGUCCUACGACUUCUCAAACAAUGAUCAUUGUCUAAAACUUGUGUCUUCUUUUCUCUCUUAUUCCCGUCGUGUUUUCCACAUCCAUGCACCUCAUGCUCCUCAUGUCCCUCUGAUAGGCUCAUGGCUGAUCCUGUCUUUCCCAGUCACACCCUUAGCUUCUUCUUCUCAGACUCCUGAGUCUCUGUAGUCGUGAGGUAGAUGAGGCAUCAUGAAACAGAAACGCUGUCAUCAUUUCAGAUGAGAAGCAGCAGCUGCAUUUUGAAGUCGGGUGCACCCGCGGCUUAUGGACCGGUGCAACAUAUGGAUGAACAAGCUCCAAGUAUUCUUAAAUUAUAUAUUCUUAAAUUAAUAUUCCGGUGCACUCUUUAGUCCGGAAUUUAUGGUAAAUGUUCAAGUUCAAACCCAGUGCCACCUGGUGGCCUCUGGAAAUGAAGCCACAUGAAACCUCGUCCACGCAUCACUACUCUGAAGCCUGCACCAUGGCAGGUCUGCACUACUGCCUGAUGACCACGCUGACCUCAACCUGUUCCACCCUGCCUGCACUCUUCUCUUCACCAUCCUUGAAAAUGGAUUAAUAACUUAGAACGACUAACAAAUUUGCAGAAUGUGUUACUUUCUUUUGUCGUAUUUCAUCGAUUCAACACAUAUACUCCCUGUUUACGUUUGAGGAAGCCAUCUUGGAUUGUGCAGAUCACUUGGACAGCUGCAACUCGGUUUUAUAUGUCACUUAUACCCCAACUUUUUAGACGUCUAUAGAUCAAAAAACAUCCAGGUCAUAAUCGAAUGACUUAUUUAGACACAAAACUCUGCCAUCCCCCAAUUUUUUUAUCGUGACAGGCCCUGAUACUGCUGACUCAUGUAGUAGAAGCCCUCCUUCACCGACCAAACAUGAUUUACCAGAUUCAAUUGGGUCACUUUAAUAUGAGAGUCGGAAAACAUUUCCGUUGAAAUGGGUUUUUCCCUGGCAGCGUCCUGGACUGAGCUAGUCGACAACAACAGCCUUGCUGGAGGAGCCCCCUACUGACCGUCAUAAAUAAUAGAGACCCCAGAUCAGAAUACACCUAUUUUUAAACAGAUUACUGGCUGUGUGAAGGCUGUGAUCUUCACCACCUGAAAUGUGGCAGAGUAUAACUGCUGGUACACAAACACAUGUUCAUGUUUUCAGCAUUCUUUUUUUUCACCAUUGCAAUGAAAUGAAUGUCAUUCUUUGGCUUCUGUCACUCCUGUUUGUACGAGGGUCUUGUCGUUCUGACACUAGAAAAGCUUUAUAUUAAGACAAUAAUGUUUAUUAUGAGUAAUAUAACAUUAUUAUGAGUAGUGAGUGUGUGUAUGUGUGAUCCGACUAAACCAGCCUGUUCUAAAAAGUGUGACGAUAAAUGGAAUAAAACAUAUAAAGCCAACGUCUGUUAGA